UAUGUUUGAAAGGCCAAUAGCAGGAAAGUACUUCCGGGCGGCACGGGUUACCUAAACCAUUCGCCUUUGGAAGGGGGGGGCAGAGUCAAUUUCUGGAGCGAUUACACACUGAGGAAGUGACCCCCUUUGGACCAGUGGGUACACUUGUAUCACCAUUUUUACUAACUAAUUCCUUGUCGAGACGCCAAAUAUCAAAAUGUCGAUGGACCUGGAGAAGUUGAAGAUGACGGGAGCAGGCCGAGCUAUAGCGGUGCUCACUAGCGGCGGCGAUGCACAAGGGAUGAAUGCUGCUGUGCGGGCUGUGACCAGAAUGGGAAUCUAUGUUGGAGCCAAUGUCUACCUUAUCUAUGAGGGUUAUCAGGGCCUAGUAGAUGGUGGCGAUAACAUCAAACUAGCACACUGGCAAAGUGUGACCAACAUCAUCCAGCUGGGCGGGACGGUGAUUGGCAGCGCGCGAUGCAAGGCCUUCAUGUGCCGAGAUGGGAGGCUGGCUGCCGCAUUCAACCUGGUGAAAAGAGGCAUCACCAACCUGUGCGUGUGCGGCGGCGACGGCAGCCUCACCGGAGCCAACAUCUUUCGCAGCGAAUGGAGCAGCUUGCUGGAAGAACUCGUGCAGAAAGGGAGGAUAACGAACGAGCUGGCAAAGCAGCAUGGCUACCUCAACAUAGUGGGGCUGGUGGGCUCCAUAGACAACGACUUCUGUGGCACUGACAUGACCAUCGGAGCAGACUCUGCACUGCAUCGCAUCAUGGAGAUCAUUGACGCCAUCAUGACCACUGCACAAAGCCAUCAGCGCACGUUUGUCCUGGAAGUCAUGGGGCGUCACUGCGGUUAUCUGGCUUUGGUGUCCGCACUGGCAUCCGGUGCCGAUUGGCUCUUCAUCCCAGAAGCCCCUCCUAAGGACGGUUGGGAGGAUCGCAUGUGUGACCGUCUAGAGGCGAGUCGUAUUAAAGGGUCCAGACUCAACAUUAUAAUUGUUGCAGAAGGAGCUGUUGACAUCCACGGCAAGCCGAUCUCUUCCGCUUUUCUCAAAGAUCUGGUGGUAAAGCGGUUGAAUUAUGACACCCGAGUCACCGUACUUGGACACGUUCAGCGGGGAGGAACGCCCUCUGCGUUUGACAGGAUACUGAGCAGUAAAUUAGGCGUGGACGCAGUCGUCGCGCUAAUGGAGGCGUCUCCCGACACGCCAGCUUGCGUCAUCGGCCUCUCAGGGAACCAGGCGGUGCGUCUUCCUCUUAUGGAGUGUGUGGAGAUGACAAAGUUGGUGCAGACGGCCAUGAAUGAGAGGAGGUUUGAUGAGGCUGUUAAACUGCGUGGGGGGAGUUUUGAGAACAACUGGAACAUCUACAAGCUCCUUGCCUUCCAGAAGCCUGCCCAGUUUCAGAGCAAUUUCUCUCUGGCUGUCCUGAACGUUGGCGCCCCCGCAGCAGGGAUGAACGCGGCAGUGAGGUCGGCGGUGAGAUUAGCGCUUUCUCAUGGACACAAGGUCUACGCUGUUCACAACGGCUUCCAGGGCUUUGCCAACGGAGAGGUGUCAGAGAUGCAGUGGCACAAUGUGGCAGGAUGGACUGGCCAAGGGGGAUCGCUGUUGGGGACUAAAAGAACCCUUCCUAGCAAACACAUGGAGAGAAUUGUGGAGAACAUCGCCAAGUACAACAUCUCAGCCCUGCUUGUCGUUGGGGGAUUCGAGGCCUACCGAGGAGUAUUGGAGCUCUUUGAAGCCCGAGGUCGUUACGAUGAGCUGUGCAUCCCCAUGUGUGUUAUUCCUGCUACCAUCAGCAACAACGUGCCCGGAACGGACUUCAGUCUGGGAGCCGACACCGCUGUCAAUGCCGCCAUGGAGGGCUGUGACAAGAUAAAGCAAUCUGCCUCCGGGACAAAGCGGCGCGUGUUUGUGGUGGAAACGAUGGGGGGCUACUGCGGUUACCUAGCGACCUGCACUGGGAUAGCUGUGGGCGCUGAUGCAGCCUACAUCUUUGAGGACCCCUUUAACAUCCAUGACUUGAAGACCAAUGUAGAGCAUCUAACAGAGAAAAUGAAGAAGGACAUCCAGCGGGGGCUCGUAUUGAGGAAUGAAAAAUGCCACGAACACUACACUACAGAGUUCCUCCACAAGCUGUAUUCAGCCGAAGGGAAGGACAUUUUUGACUGUCGGGUCAACGUGUUGGGUCACCUCCAACAGGGGGGGGCGCCGUCGCCUUUUGACAGAAAUUACGGCACCAAGCUGGGAGUGAAAGCCAUCCAGUGGAUAAGUGAGAAAUUGACCGAAAACUUCCGACAAGGUCGCGUCUUUGCCAACUCGCCAGACUCCGCGUGCGUCCUCGGCCUCAACAGGAAGGUUGUAGCAUUUAGCCCCGUCACUACACUCAAGGACGCCACCGACUUUGAGCACCGGAUGCCCAAAGUCCAGUGGUGGUUCAACCUGCGGCCCAUGCUGAAGAUGUUGGCAAAAUACCAAACCAGCUUCUGCGAAUAUGUGCCAGGAGAGAUCGAGCAUGUGACACGUCGCUCUAUCAGCAUUGACUCUGGCUUCUAGGUGCUCCCACAUUGCACUAAGCACUUUUAAAACUUUAAGUUUUUACAUGCCUGCUUUUUUUUUUUUUUAUCAGCUACAUUGGCUAGUCGGAUUCAGUCUGUGCUCACUGUUUUUUGUAAUGGACUACUGCUAUUGUUUAUUUAAUGAGGCCUUCAGUACAACACAGGUUUGAUUACAGCAGAACCCUUAAAGCAGAGAUCUUCAACAGGGGGUCUUGGACCCCUAGGGGGUACACCGAGGUACUGCAGGAGGGGUUGUGACUUUUUUGGUUGAUUGGACUUUAAAAAGCAGUUUUUUAUAUUUCCCCCACAACUUUUCCACAAAUUUAAAAGACACAUUAAUAUUGAUAGAACACACUGUAGUGAACAGAUACAUGGGGGAAGAAAACAAUUUUCAGUCCGCAGUGCACACAUUCAGCAGUAGAGCACCCGUUUAUUCACCUGUCCCUUCUAUGACAAUGACACACCCCUAUCGCUGCUGUGCUAAUCACAAGGCUCUGUCAGAUAGGCUGCGAUCCUAAGGGUUUUGCUUGAUUGACCUGCUCAGUGGCCUAAUGGUUAGAGUGUCCGCCCUGAGAUCAGUAGGUCGUGAGUUCAAACCCCGGCCGAGUCAUACCAAAGACUAUAAAAAUAAGACCCAUUACCUCCCUGCUUGACACUCAGCAUCAAGGGUUGGAAUUGGGGGUUUAAUCACCAAAAAUGAUUCCCGGGCGCGGCCGCUGCUGCUGCUCACUGCUCCACUCACCUCCCAGGGUGUGAUCAAGGGUGAUGGGUCAAAUGCAGAGAAUAAUUUCGCCACACCUAGUGUGUGUGUUUGACAAUCAUGAGUACUUUAACUUCUUUAACUUUAACUUUUGAUAUGUGACGUGACAAAAAAAACAAGACAGAUAAGCCUACCCUACAUCUCAGAAACUGCAGGUUAACAAGGUACCUUUUUAGCACCAGUUUUAUUUCAAACACAUUUUUGGGAAAUAGCGUUAAGUACCUUAAACAAGCGCAAUGUAUAACCCAUUUACCAUUUAGAAUAUAUAUAACUGAAUUAGUCUGUUUGCAGAGUCAAAUCAGAAAGCCUUUUACUAUACGAACAAAUCUUCAAGUAACAUUUUAACAUUCUUCACUGUCUUAAAUGUAUAAAAUAAGUCAACUGCUUUUGAAAUAACUUGUAAAAAAAUAUACAUAUUGUACAUAGAAGAAAGACACAUGCACCACUUUCAAAAUUACGCGGCCGCUACAUAGCAGUGAGUUCUAUGGUUGUCAUCACACUUUUUCCUCUUUUCCAUCACUUGUAUCUUUCCGCGGCAGCAUCACAAAACCAUGAAAAAGUCUUAUAAAGGUGGUUCGACCAGUAGAUAAUGGUGACUUUUUACAGAAAACGUUCACAGCAUUUGAAUUUAGAGGUUUCACUGUAUUCUUGAUGUUAAAGUGCAUUGAAUUUCAUUGUAAAAAAAAACAUGAAUGCAGUAGUGUUAAAAUGUGUUUUAAAUUACUGAAUCAAUAAUGAAUAAGAGGCAAAAGUGUAAUAAUGCUGUUUAUCCAUGUUGUAACAUCCUCAUCCUAAAAGGGUCCAUUCAUUUUACACUAAAAUGUUGUUAAUUUAAGAUGUUGUGUACUUAAAUAUUUACACGCUGUGAGACUGAACGCUGAUCUUCGUAAGUAGUUAAUCAAACAGAUUAGAGGAUAUAACCAUGCAUUUAAUUACAUAUUUAAAACGUGCAAACAGAUGGCUUCAUUAAAAAGGUGACGCAACAGUGUUGAAAUAUUCUCAUCAUGGAAAGAAAUGUGUUUAUAAAUGGUGAAAAGCAAACCGCUACCACUUCACAGAACCACAAAAGUGAUAUUUUACAAUAAACUCUUUUUUUUUUUUUAAAUCAUUUCUGAACACUGCUCUAAACUUUGUAAGCAAACUUACAACACUCUUUAAAAGUUGAAUGAAAAGGGAAACUCAUCUGUGGUCUUCUCCUUGUUAGCCGAGGGGCUCUUGGAGGAGAAGGCGAACUGGAAGUCCUCACUUUGCUCUGCUUGGUUGAACAGGAAGUCCAGGCCUGCAGAGACACGCUUUAACAUUUAGUUCAAAGCAGGUAACACAGUAAGAAUGUUUAGAUUUGAUACUUACCACCUGACUUUGGCUCCUCCAUGUUUUUCUGAAAACAGAAAGCAAAUGCUUUUGUGUGUUUUUUUUUGCAAUUGAAAAUCAAAUAGGACAAGCUUAUACCUUCUCGCUGAAAAAAGAG